AUGGAGGAGAGUCUUCACAACAGUCUGAGGCAUUCAGCAUGGUUUGUCUUUGAUCUCGACGACACACUACACGAAUUCCGGAAAGCCGCAUCCGCGGCUGUAACAGCGACCCUACAACUCAUCAUCGACCAAGCGGGCGAAAAUCACAGCAACCUCUCCGUCUCCGUCUCUGUCCUGAAGACCGAAUACAGUAGCAUCUUGCGACAGAAGACGAGCGCAGCAUUCGUAGAUGGCAAGACAUCGCAUCAAUACCGCGCUGAGCGCUUUGCGAUCGUCAUGCUGAACUUCAACAUCAAAUGGACGGAAGAGCAGAUGCAGAAUAUACAAGCCUGUUACAAAGUAACACUUACUUUGCAUCUCGAGCUCAAGCGCGGCGCACUCGAACUUCUCGCCACGCUGAAACGCCAGGGGAAGAAAAUUGCCGUCAUCACGGAAGGGCCACAGGACGCCCAGGAGCGCACUAUAGCUGCUCUCGGCUUGCUGCCGUAUAUCGACCAUCUAGCCACGACGAACAAGCUCGGUAUAGCUAAAGUCGAUGGACUGUUUGGGAAGGUUCUUGAGGUAUUAGAGCUGCGGACGGAAGAUAUCGUUGUAGUGGGCGAUAGCUGGGAGAGAGAUGCUGUGCCUGCGCGUGAGGCGGGCAUUUUUUGCGUGCAUUAUGCUGAGGAGGAGAACUUUGCGGUUGGUGCGGAGGGGGAGAUAGGGAUGGCAAGAGUGAAAACGAUGAAAGAGUUGGAGGGAUCGGUUGAGAGCUUGUAG